GUAUUUUCUCUAUCCCUUUAGAAAUGGAAGAAGGAGAGACAAAAUAGAAGAAUUCAAAGAAUCCAAAAACUCUCUUCUUUCUAUAUUUUUAAAACACUCUCUUUGCUCUUUCUCUUCCCGCCUAACAACAACAACAAUGAAGGGAAACUUUUCUCCCCUCUUCUUCUCUGCUAUACUCUCUCUAUUUCUUUCUCUUUCUAUUUCUGUUGCUCUAUCAAAUGACACAAAUGCACUCACUCUCUUCCGCCUUCAAACCGAUACUCAUGGUAACCUCCUCUCCAACUGGACCGGCGGGAAUGCCUGUGGUUCUGUUUCUUGGGUUGGCGUUAAGUGCUCCGCCGGCGGUCGUGUUGUUUCUCUUUCUCUUCCUUCUUUUUCGCUACGUGGACCUAUUACUUCCCUUUCUCUUCUUGAUCAGCUUCGCGUCCUUGACCUCCAUGAUAACCGUCUCAACGGUACCGUUUUACCUCUCACAAACUGUACCAAUCUCAAGCUUCUUUACCUCGCUGGCAAUGACAUCUCCGGUGAGAUCCCACCAGAAAUUUCCACUCUCAAGCGGCUUCUCCGCUUAGACCUAUCGGACAACAACAUUCGAGGCAAAAUUCCCAGUGGUUUAACGAACUUAACCAAGCUACUGACACUCCGGUUGCAAAACAAUGAACUCUCCGGCAAAAUCCCUGAUCUCUCUAAGUCACUUCCUUAUUUAAAAGAAUUGAACUUAUCGAAUAACGAACUGUACGGACGGUUACCAGAUAAUCUAUUGAAGAAAUUUAAUGACCGGAGCUUUUCCGGCAACGAAGGGAUAUGCGGAUCAAGUCCAUUACCGGCGUGUUCCUUCACAGGAGAUAUACCGGCUGACACGACAGCUCAAACGGUGCCGUCUAAUCCAAGCUCAAUGCCUCAAACGCCACUUCUCACUAAAACCAAAUCUGAAUCACAUAAAGGGCUAACUCCUGGCGCUAUAGUGGCCAUAGUGAUAGCCAAUUGUGUAGCAAUUUUGGUGGUGAUGUCAUUUCUGGUUGCAUAUUAUUGCGGUAGAGACAGAAACGGAACCUCUAAAGUGGGCAGUGACAGUGGAAAGAGAAGAAAGAGUGGAAGCAGUUAUGGAAGUGAAAAGAGAGUGUAUGUAAAUGGAGGUGCUGAUAGUGAUGGGACAAAUGCUACUGAUAGAAGUAGACUUGUAUUCUUUGAUAGGAGACAACAAUUUGAGCUAGAAGACUUGCUGCGAGCUUCGGCAGAGAUGCUUGGGAAAGGAAGCUUAGGGACUGUAUAUAAGGCUGUGCUUGACGAUGGAUGUACAGUAGCUGUUAAGAGGUUAAAAGACGCAAACCCUUGUGCAAGAAAAGAGUUUGAGCAAUAUAUGGAUGUUAUUGGAAAGGUUAAACAUCCAAAUAUUGUGAGAUUCAGAGCUUAUUACUAUGCUAAAGAAGAGAAGCUUCUUGUUUAUGAUUAUCUUCCUAAUGGAAGUCUACAUUCACUUCUUCAUGGGAAUAGGGGUCCAGGGAGAAUUCCCCUAGAUUGGACUACAAGAAUCAGCUUGGUUCUAGGAGCUGCGAGAGGGUUGGCUAAGGUCCAUGAGGAAUACAGUGCAGCAAAAAUCCCUCAUGGAAAUGUGAAAUCAUGCAAUGUGCUUCUUGACAAGAAUGGUGUAGCUUGCAUUUCUGAUUUUGGGUUGUCACUUCUUUUGAACCCAGUUCAUGCAAUAGCUAGAAUGGGAGGAUACAAAGCACCAGAGCAGGCAGAAAUUAAAAGACUUUCACAAAAGGCAGAUGUGUACAGUUUCGGUGUCUUGUUAUUAGAAGUUCUUACCGGAAGAGCUCCAUCACAGUACCCUUCUCCAACGUGUCCAAGAAUGGAGGAAGAGCAGGCAGUGGAUCUUCCUAAGUGGGUUAGAUCAGUUGUUAAAGAAGAAUGGACAGCAGAAGUGUUCGAUCAAGAACUCCUGAGGUAUAAAAACAUUGAAGAAGAACUUGUGUCAAUGCUUCACGUAGGGUUAGCCUGUGUAGUUCCAUUGCCUGAAAAGAGGCCUACAAUGACACAAGUGGUGAAGAUGAUUGAGGAUAUUAGGGUUGAGCAGUCACCUCUGGGAGAAGAAUACGAUGAAUCUCGUAAUUCGCUUUCACCUUCGCUUGCCACCACCGAAGAUGGUUUAGCUGGGUAUUGAAGUUUCAUUGUCUAUAUAGAGCUUGCCUGUGAGGAUUUGGUGGUUGUAUCCUCAUCUUCUUCAUUUAUGCAUUAUCUCAGUACUGCUACCUCCUGUUCCAAAAAGAUGUAUUGAGUUUCUUUAUAAGAUUUUUUUAAGCAUUAAGGCCUUUCUCUCGUUGCAGGUGUGAAGAUUUGAUAAUCUCCUUCACCUGUCAACAAGUUUAGAUCUUUCUAGCAUUUUCAUCAAGUGUAUUGUAGUUUUGCAUUUUGAACUAGUUAUUUUAGUUCUUUCAGAGAAAGUUUUAUGUAGUAUUUUAGCAGCUUUUCUUGCACAGUUGCAUAUGAUAUCCAGUACAUUGGCUUGAAA